ACAAAAAAAAAAUAAUAACCACAAACAUUAAUUGAUAUUAUUGUAGUAAUGACUAUGGAAGUAUAUGGACGCAUUACCAUUCCCUCUCCAUAGUGAUAUCAACAAACUUACCAAUAAUAUUAUUAUUAUAUAGGUUUAUUAAUUUUUACUAUACUUUUAUAUUAAUGGUCGUACAUAUCGAAUUAUCAAUAUUUGUGUGUGAGAAAUAAUAAACUUAUUAUUACAGCCCAUAUAACCUUUUGUCAGGUGCGGCUCUAGAGACGUCAUGGUUAAGGGGAGGGAAGGGGCCAAGUCAUAAUUUUCAGAAAAUGUUGAUGAUUUUGGAAUUUUGUUUUAUAACAGUAUAAAAUCGUUUAGAAAUACAACUUGGGGGGAGGGGGGUGCUUAAAUCAAAUUCUUAAACACAUCAUGUUUGGUUUUUAUCGCAUGAUAUAUUUGGUGACUUUCAGGGCACGAAUGCAUGCAUAUUUUAAGGCUUUUUAGGACGCAUCAUGUGUUUAGCUGUAAUUAUAAUGAUAAUAACUAUAAUAUUAGACGCAAUCGGAAGUACAUGACGUACAUGACGUCACCGUGUUUGUGUACCGUGGUCUUCGCGUCACGAGAUGUACGACCAACCUGCAUUAUAUUAUUAUAGAAUAACGUGUUGUAGUAAUAAUAGUAUCAUAGUCUUAUAUUAUUAUUAUAUACACGUAAUACGCGUGUACAGCGCACUGUUUAUCUGGUGUUUAUUCAAUACAGUUGAUCGCUGUAUGAUUGUCAUUAUGUGAUUACUAUAAUACCGUUCACGCGUCAGGAAGGGGUUCGUCCGAUCCGCGGCCGAUCACUUUCUCCGGCCGGAAAGUUUUUAUUUUUUCUUUCUCAGAACUCCGUCGAGUACGCUUUGGGAACGACCGUCCAUUAUAAUAGUGGUAUAGUCGCGGGAAGUUUAGCAGUCAGUCACUACCUACCUACGCCAUCAUAUUAUAAUAAUAUUAUACUUUUUAUAUUAUAUUAUUAUUAUACCGAUAAUCACACGCGUGCGUACUUAGGUGCUACUUCUCAGUCUGCCGGCCGAGAGGAUUACGACAGAAUUACACCAGCGCAUUUGCACCAAUUCCAGAAAACUGUAGGGCUGCAGUCGUACCAAUAACCGUCAUGGGAGCGUACGUCACGUGGACGUUGGAGGUGUUGGCGUUUGCGAUUUUCGUCGUGGUCGCGGCCGUGGUGCCGUACGCCCGUCGGAAGCGCGACUACUGGAUGAAUCGUGGGGUGCUGGCGGCGGCCGGUUACCGGUUAUUGGUCAACACGCUGCCGGGCAUCCGUCUGCACGACAGGUCACUGUCCGGUCACCGGAACGACGCCAAGGCCGCGGGCGCCGCCGUGCUAGGGCUCUAUGAUGCAGGCCGGCCGACCGUACUGGCGUGCGACAUCCGGGUGGCCGCGGCCGCAAUGGCCAACGACGGCUUUGCCGAGGUGGAAACCAGAGGCGGCCGCGAGAUGAGCCUCUUACCGACCGCGGUGGACGCAGGUGCGGUGACCGCCGUGCUACCGACCAUGGCCGUGUGCGUGGCCGAGCUCAUCACAUCCCUGGAGGCCGUGGCAAACCGUCGGCUAACCAUCGUGCCGUGGACGGAAGUGAAAAAGUGCGCGACCACGGUGGUGGCCACGUGCGUGUACGGCCAGCCGAUGGUGGACUCGCGGAUCAAAGCGUUUGCGGAACAGUGUGACAAGGCGUUGUCGGGUGCUAGUGGUCGGCCGACGGUCACCGACCAUUUUGCAUCGUACGACUUGUCGUCGGACGGACGAGCGUCGUCUUCCGAUUUCAAACAAAUUUUACGGGCAGCCGCCGCAGACAGCGACAAAAUAGAUGCAGAUGUUGCCGACAAACAAGUGAGAUUAGAUAUGUUCGAGUUCGUGACGGGCACUAUAGAACAGACGGCGGCUCUAGUAACGGGUGCUCUGUAUGAGUUAGCCCGUGAUCAAAACAUCCAAAAUCACCUCAGAGAGCACUUGGACAGCGUGCUGGACGAGCAUCAAGAACAAGUCACAAUCGACCAAUUGGAUCGGUUACCGUACUUGGAAAACGUGUUAAAAGAAACGUUGCGGAAGUACCCGCUGGCAGCCGUUGUACGCCGCGUGGCCACCAAACCGUACGUUGUGCCUGGCACCGGUGGCCGUGGCACCAUCGAACCGGACUCGCUGAUCGUGGUGCCGGUGUACGAGCUGCACCAUGACGCCGAACACUUUACCGAGCCGGAAAAGUUCCAGCCACACCGAUUUCCCGGACAACUUUCGUCCGCGUACAUGCCACACGGCAGUGGACCGCAGUCCUACAUAGGUAAACAUUUCGUGGAGCUGGAAGCCAAGCUCGUUAUCGCCAUGCUGAUGUCCCGGUACGAAGUGCACGUGGACAGUGCCACGCCAGGCACUCCACCGGAUCCAUUGGACCGGAAAUCGUUUGAGGGCGUCCGCAUGACUGUGGCCAAUCGGAGCAGCGUCCGAGAGUCGACGAUGGGCGCAUCUUUGCGACAGUUUCAUAUGAGCAACGGCGUGAACUCUGGUGAUCGGAAAUUCCUGUUUUUCUGAACGCGUCGUCGUGCCGGGACGAGAGGAGCAAUUCUAUGUAAUAUUAGUAUUAUUAUUAAGCGCGUGAAGUGAACUACUAUAUUUUAUAGUUUUAAUAUUGUAUAACAAUAACUUUACCGACCAUAGACUUUUUUUUAUAAUUUUAUUUUGUAAGCUAUUACGCCGACACACCGUGCAAUACAUAUUUUCAGGGUACAAAUAGUUGUCAUGAAAUAAAGGUUCUUUAUACGAUA